AUGGCAAAGCAACAAAUAUUCUACGUUCUCUUUCUAUUCUUCUUAUCUACGACGGAGUUCACCACAGCCUCCUCCGCUGCGGCCACCGGAACUUCCAAACGCGCAGUAAACUUCAUUCAAGCAUCUUGCAAAGCCACCACAUACCCAACCGAAUGUUUCAGCUCUCUCUCCGGUUACGCCAACUCCAUCCAAACAAGCCCUCGACGUCUAGCCGAAACCGCACUCACCGUGACCGUGAGCCAGGCCCAAUCCACGAAACUCUUCGUCUCGCGUUUGGCCCGAUUCAAGGGUCUCAAGAAACGAGAGGUCCAAGCCAUUAGGGACUGCGCUGAGGAGAUCAAUGACACCGUUGAUCGUUUGACCAAGUCGAUCCGUGAAGUGAAGAUGUGUGGUAGUGCUAAAGGUCAUGACCAGUUUUGGUUCCACAUGAGCAAUGCUCAGACUUGGACCAGCGCUGCUUUGACUAAUGCCAACACUUGCUCCGAUGGGUUUGCGGGUCGGGUCAUGGAUGGCCGGAUCAAGGACUCGGUCCGUGCACGGAUCGUUAAUUUGGGAAGAGGAACUAGCAACGCUUUAGCCUUGAUCAAUGCUUUUGCUAAAAAAUAUUAA